AUAACAAAAUAAAAAUAACAGAGAAUUGCAACUUUACGUAAUCCAUAGUUGAAACUCCCAAUUCUCUGUUGUCUUCGAACUCUCUUCUCUUCUCUUCUCUGUCGCUUUGUUCUUCACACAUAUAAAUACAUUAUUCUCUCUCUCUCUGCAAUUGCAACGAUGUUUCACAGCAACAACAACAACAUCCUCGAACUCAACAUUAUUCGCAUGUUCAUGUCUAGUGCCCAUUUCUUCACCCUUUAGUGUCUUCAUCAUUUCUAUUUUCCCUUCCUCUUCUUUUGGAAACGCUGUUUGAGAUACGCACAUAUAUACGCACACGUACGCACAUAAGAAAUUUGUAGUAACAAGAGUGGUAACACGACGACACGAAUGGCCGCUGCGUUUGCCAUCUUCGUGGCGUUGAUCGCGGCGGCGGUGGCGGUGGGUUUUGGAUCGCCGGCGACUCUGACGUUGGAGAGAGCGUUUCCGACGAAUCAUGGAGUGGAGUUGAGUCAUCUGAGAGCUCGUGACAUGUUGAGGCAUCGUAGAAUGUUGCAGUCUUCAAGCGGCGUCGUUGAUUUCGCUGUUCAAGGAAACGCUAAUCCCUUGGAAGUCGGGCUCUACUAUACAAAGGUGCAGUUGGGUACCCCUCCGGUAGAAUUUGAUGUGCAGAUUGACACUGGCAGUGAUGUUCUGUGGGUCAGUUGCAGCUCCUGCAAUGGUUGUCCCCAAACAAGUGGGCUUCAGAUUCAGCUCAAUUUUUUUGACCCUGGGAAAUCAUCAACAUCUUCAUCAAUAAGUUGUUCUGAUCAAAGGUGCACUAGUGGAAUGCCAUCAUCAGAUGCUAGCUGUAACGGUUCGAGCAACCAGUGCACAUACACUUUCCAGUAUGGAGAUGGAAGUGGUACAUCAGGCUAUUAUGUGUCAGAUAUGAUGCAUUUGGACACCAUUUUUCAGGGAUCAGUUACCACGAAUUCGACAGCGCCGGUAGUUUUUGGUUGUAGCAACCAGCAAACUGGGGACUUGACAAAAUCUGACAGAGCAGUUGAUGGGAUAUUUGGACUUGGGCAACAGGAAUUGUCUGUUAUCUCUCAGCUCUCCUCACAAGGGAUUGCUCCAAGAGUAUUCUCCCAUUGUUUGAAAGGAGAUGGUAGUGGUGGGGGUGUAUUGGUUCUCGGUGAGAUUGUGGAGCCAAACAUAGUUUAUACUCCACUUGUUCCAUCACAACCUCAUUAUAAUAUAAAUCUGCAGAGCAUCUCUGUCAAUGGCCAGCCAUUGCAAAUUGAUUCAUCAGUUUUUGCAACAUCAAACAAUGGAGGAACCAUUAUUGAUUCUGGAACAACUUUGGUGUACCUUGCAGAAGCAGCUUAUGAUCCCUUCGUCAAUGCGAUUACAGCUGCAAUUCCACAAACUGCACGCACUGUUGUUUCCAAGGGAAAUAGUUGUUACUUAAUCACCGCCAGUGUCACUGACAUUUUUCCACAAGUAAGUUUGAACUUUGCUGGUGGUGCAUCUAUGGUUUUAACACCGCAGGACUACCUUAUACAGCAGAAUUCUAUUGGUGGUGCACAAGUGUGGUGUAUUGGCUUUCAGAAAAUCCAGGGUCAAGGGGCAACAAUUCUAGGAGAUCUCGUAUUAAAAGACAAAAUUGUUGUUUAUGAUGUGGCUGGUCAACGCAUUGGAUGGGCUAACUAUGACUGUUCUUUAUCCGUGAAUGUCUCUGCAACAACUGCCACUGGCAGAAGUGAAUUUGUGAAUCCCGGAGAGUUAGGUGGAAGCACUUCUAGGGGCGAUGUAUUUAAGUUGACAAAGACAGGGUUGGUCUUGUCUUUCUUUGUGCACAUAAUACUAAUUUUCUGCUUUGGAUUCUUAUAGCAUUUAUACAUAGUGGGAGAUGGAACUAUAUUCUUUUUCCUAUGUAUAUUCUUUUGCCGGUAUAUAUUUGUGACAAUCGGCAAGAACACAUUAUUUUGAAUGUUGUUUAUGCCUCCUUUCGGCUUGUUCGGUUUAUGGCUUUAGGUGAUUCUGUUGGACACUCAGUCUUAGAGAAUCAGAUAACCACUCAUUACUUUUGGUAGUAUUGUAAAUUACUUCACAGGGUUACUGAUUGGACCGCAUAUACGAGUUAUACAAUUUAGCUUUUCUUUGAGGUU